AUGGGCGCAAGGAACUGCACCUGCCGCCUCUACACUACACUAGCUGCUAUUGGUGCUGCCUGCCGGGCCGCCGAGCUUCUCGAUUCGGUUCCCGAUCCAGUGCUAAGUGAUUUGGAUCAAAAAGAAGCCGUGGCUGGACUUCAAGGAUAUCAACACCCGGCCCUCUCUGCUAACCCAGACCCAGUAGAAGCUGAGCUGGAGGCUAAGGAGCUCAGCAAGUAUCUGCUCGCCAAGUCCUUCUUCGAUUGCAAGGAGUUCGACCGUUGCGCUUCCGUUUUCUUGCCAGAUUCCCUCCUCUCCGGCCUACUAUCCACGAAAGCCACUGAUGCUACGACACCCAAAGGCAAGGCUAAGGCAAGCUCUGCGCCGCCGUUCGAGCAGGCUCUUCCCUCUCUCAGUCAGAAAAGCUUGUUCUUGGCCCUCUAUGCCAAAGUCAUUUCGGGAGAGAAGAAGAAGAACGAAGAGUCGGAGAUGAUCAUGGGUCCCCAGGACCUGGGCACCAUCAAGAAUAGCCAUCUCGUUGUUGUCAGCCGCUUCCUCGAGAGAUGGUUUGCCGAGCGCAAAGCUGAGGACUCGGAUUUGCCACCAAGUCAAGGCUUCCUCGAGUAUUUAUACGGCAUGGUUAUGGUUAAGGAGAAGAACGAGGACGCCGCGUUAGACUACCUUCUCAACAGUGUCCAUCUGUUUCCGUGGAACUGGGGCGCUUGGCUUGAGCUCACAAAUCUCAUCUCAGGGGUCGAACAGCUCAACAAGAUAACCCCUGUCCUUCCGCAAAACAUCAUGUCUUUUAUAUUCUACGCCAACACGGCGGUUAAUCUGUAUCAACAGGGGCAGGAUCUAGCUGCCUCUGUCAACGAUCUCCUGAAGCUUUUCCCGACGUCUUCCUUCAUUCUAACCUGUAGGGCGCUUUUGAACUACCACUCCAAGGACCUGUACACGGCCGAACAAAACUUCAGUAACUUGCUUGCGUUACAUCCCCAUCGUCUCGAUUCACUGGAUCACUACUCCAACAUCUUAUAUGUCCUCAACAUGCGCCCAAAGCUAGCAUUUCUGGCGCACCUUUGUUCCAGCAUUGACAAGUUCCGACCCGAAUCGUGCGUCGUCAUAGGCAAUUACUACUCCCUUUUGUCUCUCCACGAAAAGGCCGUACAGUACUUCCGCCGAGCUCUUACCUUGGACCGCUCUUGUCUCUCUGCCUGGACGCUUAUGGGCCACGAAUACGUCGAACUGAAGAACACACACGCAGCCAUUGAAUCAUACCGGCGUGCUGUUGAUGUCAACCGUCGCGACUACCGCGCCUGGUACGGUCUUGGCCAGACAUAUGAGGUGCUCGAGAUGAAUGCCUAUGCUUUAUACUAUUACAAGAAGGCUGCUGGUCUCAGGCCUUGGGAUGGCAAGAUGUGGCAGGCCGUCGGGUCAUGCCUGCAAAAAAUGGGCAAAGACAGGGACGGCAUAAAGGCGCUCAAGAGGGCACUACUAGCGGAUAGCUACUAUGACUCUACUUUGAGUAGCUUUGGAAGUGCGGGACCUGCAGACAGGAUGGCGCAGAUGGAUCCAGAGGUGUUGCUACAGAUUGCUUUCAUGUAUGACCGCCUGGGUGAGGUCGAGGAGGCUAGGGCAUAUAUGGAGCUUUGUGUGGCACAGGAGGAUGGAGGAGCCACGGACAAUGUGGAUACUUCAGCUGUUUGCACCUCGAAUCCCGGCGAAUCCUUCGUCGUUCAUGGUGAUUCGCCUGGGUCGGACGGGGAUGCAGAGGGAGGGUACGAAGGGCGUGGUGGAGCUGGGCAGGGAGAAGGGACUGGAGUGACAGUAGCCACAAGCAAGGCACGUAUGUGGCUUGCCAGGUACGCGAUGAGAACGGAGGACUACGUUACGGCUAACCGGCUGGCCACGGAGCUGUGCCAGGAUGGAGUCGAGGUGGAAGAGGCCAAAGCGCUCAUUCGAGAGGUUAGGUCGAGGAUGGAACUCGCUGAUUUGACGGAGCGCUAGAAGCCGCCUUCUUUGGCGUUUCCCAAUAUUGAGGAGUACUUGCCGUCGGCAGCAAUGAUUCGUAUUGGUAGCAACGGCGGCGGGGGACCGAAGCUGAGGAGGGUCCCAAGAUCCCAACGAUACUACGAGAACAUCAGCACCAUACCACCAUUGACCGACCGAGGAAGUGGUAUAUAUGAGGAUCCAAGUCAGGAAAGUGAUGAUGAUGAUGAGAAUGGGGGAAACGAUCGCCACGAUGAUUGGUCGGGCGAAGACUACCUGACGGAUGGAUACGAUGAUGACGAUGUUGACGACGACGAUGAUGAUAACGGCGGUGCCCCUACGAAUGCAUAAAAUGCCCA